UAGCGUCAUUUCAAGUCGGAUGUUGCCACUUUAAAUCGAUAAUUGCGAUGUGUGCGAUGCAGUUUUCCGCUUUUAAAUAGAUUCUGCCUAUCCUACGCGCUGUAGUAUACGUUCGCAAGGAUUCUGAUUUAAAUGAGUUUAUAAAGAUAUAUCAAAUUUAAGGCAAAUGAUUAUGGAUUUUAAAGAACUAAUUGUUGUUUUAGCGACAGGUUUACUUUGUCUUGCGGAUGCACAAAGCGACGAAGCUGGAUGCAACCAGAACCGUUAUUGCAACGACUGCAUCAAUUUUCAUCCGGAUUGCGCAUGGUGUAACGACAAGGAGUUUACAAAGGCGAGAUGCAGUGUGAAUCGUGCCCUUAAGGACGACGGAUGCCGAGAAAUAAAAAAACCCAACAACACUGAAUUAAAAACAAAGAGUGACGAUUUAAAGGACGGUUCUUUUGCCCACGACCCGAUUCAGCUGACACCGCAGGCAUUAAAGCUCACUCUUCGAAAAGGAAAAGCCCAUUCGCUCAUGAUGACUUACCGUGUGGCCAGGAACCUGCCAAUCGACAUGUACUUUGUCAUGGAUGCAAGCUACACCAUGGCAACAAAAAUAUCCGAUGUUGCAGACCGCAUUGAAGACCUAAUCGCCGGCUUGAGGAAGUCCUUCACGCAGAAUAUUGAGAUUGGUUUCGGAGUCUUUAUCGACAAGCCUGUGCAGCCAUUCACCAUCACCACACCAAGAGUACUUGAGAACCCUUGCCUCAUACAAAAUACCUACUGUGAGCCCACGUAUGGAUUCAUUCAUCGCCAGCGUCUGAACAAAAACACGACAGAGUUUAUUGACACCAUUCGAAGCACCAACACUUCUUCCAACUUCGACACCAUGGAAGGAGGUCUCGACGCCGUCAUGCAGGCUGCAGUUUGCCCGGAAAUCGUAGGUUGGCGUGCCAAGUCCCGACGCGUGCUUGUCUAUAUCUCGGACGCCGGGUUCCAUUUUGCAGGAGACGGAAAGCUAGGAGGAAUCGACCUUCCAAAUGAUGCAAAGUGUCAUAUGGUACCAAACGUGAGGACCCAACGCGCUAUCAUAGGGGAAUAUAUCUACAGCCAUUCCAAAAUACUGGACUACCCGUCCUACGGUAUGCUGGCCAAAGCUCUAAAGGACAAUAACAUCAACGCUUUCUUCCUGGUGGACGAGGCAUACGUACAUCUGUAUCAAGGUCUCACGUCCAUGAUUGACCAGUCGAAAACAAUGCGCAUGGACACUACCGGCUCACAGGGCGUCGUCCAGAAAAUAUCUGACUACUAUAGGGAGCUAUCGGAGAAGGUGAAGAUUACAGGCGUGAAUCUGCCCCCAGAGCUUCACAUCACUGUUGCAACAAACUGUUCAGUUUCAACGAUAAUCAAUACAUACAGGUUGCCAACUGACAUUAAAGAAAUGUGCACUAACCUUGAUGUUGGAAAAGAGGUGUUUUUCAACGUGACCGUGACGCUGGAGGAAUGCCCGAAGGAAAGCGGCAAGAGAUUGUUAAAACUGGUUCCUUCCGGUCUGCAAGAGCAUCUGGAGAUCGAGGUGGACUACUCGUGCGACUGUGAAUGCGAGAAGUCUGCGGAACUGGAUGAUAGGUGUAGUAACAAGAACGGCACAUACGAGUGCGGAGUGUGUCGGUGCAAACCGGGGAGAUACGGGGAGUUCUGCCAAUGCAGCCGCGCUGAGGGAGACACGGAGGAAGUCAUGGAGGGGAAAUGUAUCAGAGACAUCCGGACCAAGAAGAUCUGCGAGGACCUAGGCACGUGCGAGUGCGGCGUGUGCAAGUGUCAGCCCAACUAUGAGGGGACGUACUGCGAGUGCAACAACAACCCCUGCAUUAACAGAACCAGCGGCGAGAAGUGCAGUAAUCGCGGGACAUGCGUGUGCGGCCAGUGUCGAGACUGCAAAGACGAUUACUACGGCAAACUGUGCCAGUGCCCGCCAGAACAAAACUGCAGGAACGAAGAAAACGGGCUGAUGUGCAGCGGACACGGGAAGUGCGAAUGCGGCGCAUGCGUAUGCGAGCGGAUCUACGAGGGUCCCACUUGUAGCUUAUGUCCGAAAUGUGACCGCUGUCGGAAGUGUGGGUACAGGGAAUGUGUGGAAUGCCUGGACCAGAAAGGUACCUCAGCCCUCAACUCCAGCACGGCAUGUCCGGUGUGCCAAGCUCUCAAAAUCCAAAAGGUGGACCGAUUCUCUGACAUCGAGCCAUGUGGGUACAUAGAUGCAGAAAAGUGCGAGACGCACUAUGUGGUGGACUGUGUCAACAACGACAUCUACCUGAACAUCACAAAAGGAAAAAUCUGCUCGCUGCCCCCUGACCCCUUGCUGAUCGCUCUGCCACUUAUCGGUGGCAUACUUGGGGUUGGGCUAUUGCUGCUCCUCAUCUGGAAGAUUCUCACUUUCUUCUACGACCGCAUCGAGUAUGCUCGCCUAGAGCACGAGAUACAAAACGCCAAGUGGAGCAACACGGAAAACCCAAUUUAUUUAAAUCCGGUUACUUCGAACGAAAAUCCAAGCUACAGAGGCAAUAAGAACUGAGUGACAUAAUCUGAAACAAUACUAUCGUGUACACUGGCUACAUUCCAUUUAUUUCCAUGGUGGACUCGGGCAGUAGACCUCUAUUUUCACGUACAUUUUGUAAAUGCAUUUCAAGAGAAUUUGUUUCUUGAUUUUCCAUACGAUUUCAUGUAUAUACGUUGUUCCCUAGCACAUGAUUUGAAAUUAGAAAUCCUAUCAUUUUGGUCCUUGAGUUUUCAGUUUUAGUUGCGACUAAUACUAAGCAAAUCUACUGUUGGGUGGUACCCAGAUUGAAUGAAAAGAUCAAUUAAUUUGGUUAACCAAAUUUGUAAAUGGCUUUUUUUGCAACUGUUUACAUAAAAUAUGCGAAUGAUUCAUCAGCGUUAGGUGGACAAAACAUAGUUGUAGUUUUAUCGAUCAAAGGUAUUAAUUUGUUAUCAAUCCAAACUAUUUUUUUGUAUAGUUUGUAUUCAUCAUUUAUUUCAAUGCCUUCAAUCAAAUUAAACGCACGUUUAAUACAUAUAAUAUUGCUUGGUACUAACGAGAAAUAUUAUGAAAGAAAAGAAGAUAAUCUUUCAAGGAGAUAAAUAUAAUAUUAGGUAUUUUCCUGGCACGAAAAUUCCGAAUUACUCUCCUAUGCUUUCUUAAUGAUUUCUAAGCUUACAAAAAACACUCAGCUGAUAUUAUUUAUAUUAGUAAAAUGGUGUUGUUAUGAAAACUACCUGUCUUAUAUUCUUCCAUUUCGCUGUAUGAUUUGUUGUCUCAUGUUUAAAUGUUCUGCUGUCAGCUGAAAACCUUUGUGUAGAACUGUUGUCUCAUAUUGAAAUGCAUUUAACAAUAUAUACCUAAACAUGAUUUUUUAAUGUAAUCAAUAUAACUGAUAUAUGUUAGUAGUACUCUCGUCGCCAUAUGUUUUAAUUAUUUCAUUUAUCUAACUCUAACUUAACAAGAUCUCAGUUCCGAAAACGACGUACGUGUUUUAAUUUGAUCCUUAAUUGAAUUUUAUUAUGCUCCACUUCCAAACCGUGUUUGCGCUGUUCUGUGCCAAUUGUAUCUUAACAUUCAAUGACGAAACAUAUUAUAUUAAACAUAUUUACCAACUUACUAGAUGAACGUUUUAUAAUUUAUAUUUAAAGCCGUUUUGGGCGUUUCGGUUUGUAACAUUCAGACUAUAUAAAUAUUGUUUCUAGUAGCAAACAUUGUUAAGCAUGCACUCAUGAUUUGAAACAAUCAACACAUGACAUUGAAAACUGUCUGUUAGCCCUGUGCUUAGUUGAACUGUGGUGUUUGUCAACAGAUAGGUGUAAAUAGAUAUGUUAAAGUAUUACAUCAUAGAUAAAUA